AUGACCGUCCAUCAUGCGACGGCGCUACUCGUAGCGGCCAUGGCGGUUCUCCUUUUCCCUGGCGCAGCACUACCAGUGGCAGACGCGUCCGUAAUGUUCCGCUCUUCCCGCCGCCUCCCUCAGAGUCUCAGUCUGCUCAACCUUCCGCAGUCGUGGUUUCGUGGCGGAGCGACCACCGCCGGUGCGCAGCAGGAACGCUCGCUGGUCGAGCAGGCUGGCGGCGCAGGCGGAGCACCCACCCAGGGCGGAGGCAGCGGAGCGACACACCACAAGCCCACUAGCGGCCCAGGAGGCGUCGCCCACAAACCCACUGACGCCGGCGGCGUUGGCGGCGCAGGCGCCGGCCAGGCACCCUCUGACGCCGGCACAAAUGGCGCAAGCGGCGGCCAAGGACCUUUGCCCACCCGGGCCGGCAUUGCAGGCGGCGGAGGUGCCCCCAAGGACCCCCUGAAGCUGCCGCAGGCGUCGCCCACGGACCCUCUGACGCCAGCGGCGACGGCGACGGCGCAGGUGCAGGCAGUGCAGAGACGAACCAAGGGCCCAUCGGCGGCGCAGGCGCAGGUCGAGGCGCCAAACAAGGCCCUACAGAAGCCGACCAACGUAAUGCGUCACCGUAAUGCGCCAAACAAGGCCCCACCGGAGGCAACGUCGGGAGUGCGCAUGCGGGACUUGGUGGUGUGGCGGGCCGCCAAGUUCCAGCUGAAGUCGCGAGAGGCCCGGGCGCUCAUGGUGGCCGGAAAGGCCGCGGCUGCCGUGGCGCGUUCGCGCGCUUCGGCGCUGAAGGAUGCGACAAACGUGAAGGCUCCAAGUUGGACCGGCUUGGUGCGCAGUUGCGUGGAACAGAUGGCGUUGGCAUCGGAGAGCUUGGACGCGGCAGCGGGGAUGAUGGCGAGCGGCAGCGAGGACGUGAAUCUGCCGCGCAUCCACCUCUCCACCGCCGUCACUCUCGCGCUCGACUGCGCCCAGGGCUUCGACCUCUUCGCGCCGGGCAGCUCGCGCGACGCGCGCGUCAAGGCCCUGCAGAAAGCAGCGAUGGACGCGCGGGCGCAGGUGAUGGAGGCGCUGGGGCGAGCAGCGGACAUGGCGGCCAUGAUCGCAGCAGGCGACAACUCUGCUGCUGCCACCGCCGUGCCCUCGCCCUCGCCCUCUCGCCGCCGCCUUCUGCAAGUCACCGGCGCGACCAGCGGUGAUGAGGGCCCCACCGUCACGGGUGCAGGCACGGGCACUGCCAUCACGGUGGCCAACCCCAACACCGGCACUCCCGGCACUGGCAAAGGCGCCGCCCACAAACACAACUCCACUGACCCCACUCGCCGCCGCCUGCUGGAAGCCGUCACUGCGGGCACGCACGGGCAAUGCCAUCCCAAUGGCCGACCCCCACAACUCCCUCCCCGAAAGAAGCCCUUCUGGCAAUUCUGGCGCCACCCCCGGCACCGGCAGCGCAGAAGGGCUCAUCAUGCGGGCCCUACCACCACCGGUGCAGGCACAGCCACCGCCAUCACGGUCGCCAACCCCGACAACUCCAUCCCCGACACCACUCUUGGCACCGGCAAGGCCACUGCCACUGAACCGCACUGCAAGGCAUCGCCGCCUCCUUCCCCUCCUCCUUCACCCCCUCCCCCUUCUCCUCCCCCUCCUUCCCCUCCUCCUUCACCCCCUCCCCCUUCUCCUCCCCCUCCUUCCCCUCCUCCUCCUUCUCCCCCGCCCCCUUCCCCUCCCCCUCCUCCUUCUCCCCCUCCCCCUUCUCCCCCCCCUUCUUCCCCUCCUCCGCCUUCCCCUCCCCCUCCCUCCCCUCCUCCUCCACCUCCCUCCCCUUCUCCCCCCCCUCCCUCCCCUCCCCCUCCAUCUCCGGCCCCCCCUCCACCACCCCCUCCGCGCAUCACCCCCACGGUCACCGUGGCACAGGAUGGUUCCGGGAACUUCCUCACCGUGCAGGAAGCGAUCAGGGCAUACCCGGUGGGGUUCAGCGGGCGCUUUGUGGUGUUCAUCCAGCCGGGCGUGUACCACGAGAAGGUGGCCAUCAACUCCACCUGCAAGAACGUCACGCUUCUGGGCCUGGCUGCUGCAUCCACCGUCAUCUCCUGGAACGACAAUGCCGCUGCCGGCACCGGCACCUUCCAAUCCGCCACUGUUGCUGUGGACGGGAGUGGCUUUGUUGCCAUCGGCAUUCGCUUUGAGAACAAGGCAGGGAAGGCUGGGAACCAGGCGGUGGCGUUCAGGCAGACGGGCGACAACGCGGCCUUCUACGAGUGCGAGUUCAUCGGGUGGCAGGACACUCUGUAUGCGCACGCUGGGCGCCAAUACUACCGCAACUGCUACGUCAACGGGUCGGUGGAUUUCGUCUUUGGCAACAGUGCGGUCGUGCUGGACAACUGCGUGAUCCACAUCCGCUCAUACUCAGGUGGGGUGAUCACGGCAUCGGGGCGAACCAACUACACGGAGAACACGGGCAUUGUCAUCCUCAACUCCGAAAUCCAGGGCGACCUCGUCAACAAGAUAUUCCUCGGCCGUCCCUGGAAGCCCUACGCGAGAGUGGCUGUCAUCAACACCACGAUCAGUAAUGUGCUGAAUACAACUGGCUGGUUGGACUGGGUGGGUACAGUGUACACCACUUCCACGUUCAUAGAGCAAGGCAACAGUGGGCCAGGGUCUGUGGGGCCGCGCAUAGCGUGGGCACUGCCGGGCAUCGUCACUGACCCUGACCAGGUUGCCAUGUACUACCCCAACAACUUCCUCGCCCCCUUCUCCACCAUCGCCAGCCUCAUUCCCUUCUCCUGGCUCUGA